ACGUAAUUGUGGUGGGUGCGUGACUUUCAAAUUUUACUUGGUAGUGAUUUUUGAUAGGAACGGAUGGCGUAAUCACUCUCAUAAAUCGUGGCUCGAUAGUUAAACGGUGAGAUAAUUGAAAGUUAACGCUGACCUCGCUGGUUCGCCGAUUGGCUCGUACGCGGUGGGCUGACUGACUUACUGACUCGGCUCUGGCUUGAUUCGCUCAUAACCCAAGACGUCCUUUGGCCGACGGACGCUCGUCUUAUACGCCACUUGUUGCUAGUUAUACACUUGCUUCGGCAGAGCUUUAACCUGUUUCGUGCUCUCUACAGAAGAAUUACCAACAUGACAGAGCCUGUGGCUGAUAUUGCCCUUAUUGGUCUUGCCGUCAUGGGACAAAACCUUAUCCUGAAUAUGAACGACCAUGGCUUUGUCGUUUGUGCUUAUAAUCGUACGACAGAUAAGGUGAAAUCGUUCUUAGAAAACGAAGCCAAAGGUACCAAAGUAGUGGGUGCUUUCAGUUUGGAGGAAAUGGUUUCCAAGCUAAAAUCGCCACGUCGUAUUAUGUUGUUAGUCAAAGCUGGUCCAGCUGUCGAUGGAUUUAUAGAUAAACUGGUGCCACUCUUGUCAACGGGAGACAUCAUCAUUGACGGUGGUAAUUCUGAAUAUCAAGAUACUCAAAGGCGUACCGAGGAACUGGAGAAGAAGGGGCUCCUCUUCGUUGGCAGUGGUGUUAGUGGAGGAGAAGAUGGGGCCAGGUAUGGGCCAUCUCUCAUGCCAGGUGGCAACCCUAAAGCCUGGCCUCAUAUCAAGCCUAUUUUCCAGGCGAUCUGCGCUAAGAGUAACGGUGAGCCAUGUUGCGAUUGGGUCGGAGAGACAGGGGCUGGACACUUUGUGAAAAUGGUUCACAACGGUAUAGAGUACGGGGACAUGCAACUGAUCUGCGAAGCCUAUCACAUCAUGAGAAAUGGACUUGGUCUUAACCCACAGGAAAUGAGUGACGUUUUUGGCGAGUGGAACAAGGGGGUGCUUGAUUCUUUCCUAAUUGAAAUUACCCGAGACAUCUUGAAGUACAAAGAUGGGAAGGGUUAUCUUCUCGAAAGAAUUAGAGACACAGCUGGGCAAAAGGGUACAGGAAAGUGGACGGCCAUUGCUGCCUUGGAUUAUGGAAUUCCUGUCACACUAAUUGGAGAAUCAGUGUUUGCAAGGUGUCUUUCCUCGCUCCAAGGUGAGAGGAUUGAAGCUAGCACCGUUUUGGAGGGUCCAAAUGCUCUCUACCAAGGUGAUAAAAAGCAGUUCCUCGAACAUCUUAGGAAAGCGCUGUAUGCUUCGAAAAUCAUUUCGUAUGCUCAAGGAUUCAUGCUGCUAAGAGAAGCUGCUAAAAUUCACAACUGGAAUUUGAAUUACGGUGGAAUUGCGCUCAUGUGGAGAGGUGGAUGUAUCAUUAGAAGCGCCUUUCUGGGGAACAUCAAGCAAGCCUUCGACAAGAACCCGAAGCUGACCAAUCUGUUGCUCGAUGAUUUCUUUGCGAAAGCAAUGAAGGAUUGCCAAGCAAGUGCUAGGGUGACGGUUGCAACAGCUGUAACCCUCGGAAUACCGACCCCUGCUCUGUCGACUGCCUUAGCAUUUUACGAUGGGUUUAGAACGGCGCGUCUUCCUGCAAACUUACUGCAGGCUCAACGUGAUUACUUCGGAGCUCAUACUUACGAGCUACUUGGCGCCGAAGGAAAAUUUGUUCAUACAAACUGGACGGGUCACGGAGGCAACGUAUCUGCAUCUACCUACGACGCGUAAAUAACAAGUUAUGAACAGCGCUGGUAGUUGUUCAUUCCAAAAGAGAGAAGGCUCUUCGUCAUACAAGAUAAUUGCUGGUUAGCUUUUAUUCUCCCUGUCAUUUUACAGAUACGGGUUUGUCACCAGUUACGAUUGCUGAAACGAGGUGGUUUUAUUUGUCUGCAAUCGUUUUAGGAUACAAAUUUCUAUUUUUUUGUCUGAAAUCAAAUCAAGUGCAUUUUAUAUAAAAUCUGGAUUUUAACAGCUACAUAUAGGGUGUUCGAGUAAUAAAUAAUUGGCAUAGGAAAUAUUUAUACAGUAUCGUUUGUUACUCUUAAGACUGUUGUAACAUUCCGAACACAUUAUGUAUACACAUUAUAGUUGUUUCAUAAGUUUGUACAUUUCGCGAUAGUCAUUUAAAUUAUAAUAUUAUAAUACAGCAAAUCAAUGUAUGAAACAUUUGUUUUCAAUAUAGUUUUAGUCCAAAAAUCAGUAAAAGCGAAUCAGAUCAGCGUGUGGAAGCGGAGAAAGUGAAAAAUUUUAUCAAAACGUUAUUUAAGUGAAUAAAACUGUUUUAUUCUUGCUA